AUGUCCAACCAACAGGAUGAGUUGGCUCAUCCGCAUUUUGCUCUUAUCUAUAUCGAUCGAGAUGGCAAUCUUCGUCAUGAAGCCUCGCCGUCCAUUGCCAGUAGCCGUGAAGCUAUUCUGUCUCCACGAGUCACGGACGCAUUUUUGCAGGCCGUAGCUAGGUCUGAGGACCUGGGAACAUCACAUUCUCCAUGUAAGUCACAUACCCAUAGUCGGCGAGAACCAGGAAAAACUAGAGUAUUGACGAAAAGGACAGAUGAGGGAUCGGGCGCAUCAGUCUCACCACCAAGAUUGACCGGUGGAGAAGGUCCGCUUCGUGCCCAAGCGAGCCAAGUGCACACUGAAUCUUUUCCAGGAAGCAUGGAAAGACAGAGACAAGUGAUACCUGCACAUCAAGGACCGCCGACAGACCCGACCAUGUGGCCGGCGCAGCAGCAAGAGCCCUGGCCACCACAGUGGUCCCGAAGCCCACAAAACCAACGAGGGCAGCUAUGGACUGAAGAGAUCAGCAUGGCCAGUCCCCAAAAGGCCCUUAUCAAUAUCCGAGACAAGGACUUUCUCCGUCGAUACUAUGAGAAGGUUUUCCAAAACCUACAGCAGACGAACUGUCGUGUCCUGGCCAAAGCGUACAUCAAGUUGGUAGAGCCACGCAAGCAGGUGAACUAUCCAUACAAUGGACGCAAGAUUGUGGAUGGCCGGACGCAACAAUUGAAUCCAGAAGAGACUAAGCCGCCAUGGUGGCCGUCAGGGGUGAGCCAUCGAGAGCCCGAUCACCUUCCUAAGGCUGGUAAGAAAGACUCCCAUGGAUUCUGGCCACCCUCCACAACAUCUAACAAACCCCAAGAACGAAUUAGACUUCUUGUUUAUUUACUCUGCGAAUUGCGCACUAGCUAUGGAAUCACCGCCCGACGACUGAGAGAGGCAGACCAGCCGAUCCGACGUCAAAUCACCCCGGUCGAGCGGUUACAGAUGAUGGACGAAAUCUACGAGGUUAGAGAGGAGGAAGAGAAACUUCUGGAUGGCAAAACAGGUGAGAGUUUGUCCUCCAGCUGA